UACAAUUCUGACGCUACUUUCGGGUCAUGGUAUGAGGGCAUCGAGGUCAAUGAUGUAUCGGGAGGUGCUCCCCGCUAUCUGAGCACGUCCUAACACGUUGGCCUCUUGUCGUUUUUCGUAAUUCUCUAUCAAGAAUUCUCUCUCCGUCUGUCUGUUUUCACUUUAUUUUAUGCUAUUGAGUUUUGCUGUUUUCAACUUUUCAUUGCUUUCUCAACGUCGCUCUCUGGUAAUCCGUGUUUGUUUUCCCACUCGAAUCUAAUAAAAAGACCUGGUUUUUCUCUGUCUUCAUGUUCUUCUCUGGAAGCUCUGGGGAGGAACAAGAAGCCAGAGAAAGAGACAUAAAAGUACCAAAAAAAAUUGAAAGUUGGAGAGGGAGUCUUUGGGUUCUGAGAUUUCUAUAUAGAAAUUCGGAUACCGUACUGUAUGCAGUUUUUCUUAUUUGGGUCUGGUUUUGACAAGUGUGUCUGUGCGUGUGUCUAUGGGCAAUUGCUUGGAACGUCGUUCCAUGGUCGAUAACUCUCCGAGCUCUCAGGCAACUUCCGGAGUCACAAAAGUUACCAGUAGAAGCAGCCGUUCUUUUGUUCCUUUGAGCCCAUCAGUCCCAGCACAUAGUGAAAAGUAUAAAUCUGGAACUCUUCCUACUCCAAGAUCUGAAGGUGACAUAUUGGCAUCCCCAAAUUUGAAAGCCUUCACAUAUAAUGAGCUUAGGAAUGCUACUCAAAACUUCCGUCCUGACAAUCUCCUUGGGGAAGGAGGAUUUGGUUAUGUUUACAAGGGAUGGAUUGAUGAGCAUACCCUUAGUGCUGGAAGGCCUGGAAGUGGAAUGGUUGUUGCUGUCAAGAAGCUCAAACCUGAAGGUUUCCAAGGCCAUAAGGAGUGGUUGUCUGAAGUGGAACAUCUUGGUCAACUUCAUCAUCCAAAUCUUGUCAAACUUAUUGGAUACUGCCUGGAAGGGAAUAAUCGGCUUUUGGUGUACGAGUAUAUGCACAAAGGAAGUUUGGAGAAUCACCUAUUUAGAAGGGGUGCCCGACCUCUUUCUUGGACAAUUAGGAUCAAAGUUGCCAUAGAUACUGCUCGUGGGCUCUCCUUCCUGCAUGACUCUGAACAACAAGUCAUCUACCGUGAUUUCAAGGCUUCUAAUAUUCUACUCGAUUCAGAAUUCAAUGCAAAACUUUCAGACUUUGGUCUUGCAAAAGCAGGCCCCACUGGUGAUCAUACUCAUGUUUCCACUCAAGUCAUGGGUACUCGAGGCUAUGCUGCUCCUGAAUACAUGGCCACAGCUUUGGGGUUGUGCUACUGGAGCUGCUGUCUGGAAGACGUGCUAUCGAUAAAACAAAAGUUGGUGUGGAUCAGAAUCUGGUGGAUUGGGCAAAACCCUAUUUGGGUGAUAGGAGAAAGUUAUUUCGGAUUAUGGACACCAAGUUGGAGGGCCAGUACCCUCAGAAAGCAGCUUAUGCAACUGCUGUCGUUGCAUCUCAGUGUAUUAGUGAGGCCAAACUCCGUCCACAAAUGUCAGAGGUUUUAGCUAUCCUAGAACAGCUCCCAGUUGCCAAAUACGCAAACAGCCCUACUUCUAGUCCUUUGCCAAAGUCCCCUCUGAGAAAGAGUCACCUUUCACCUCUUAAUAUGAGCCCCAGAGGAUCCCUGCUGCCAUCAUCACAUAUACAAUCCCCAGUUUUGAAAUCCCCACGGGGACGAUGAGCAGGAGCAGAUUUUCCAACCGACUUCCUUAAUGUAAAUCCAUUUAUUUUUGGGCGCUCUUUAGUUGGUAGUUCAACGAGGACAUUUUAUGAGCUUCUUUUGUUACCGAGAGUAUCUAAGAUAGAAUCUUUUCAGUAAGAGAGAUUGUCCUCCUCAUUUUCAUCUCUGCCAAGCACUCAAUAGCAAUGUCAUUAUCGACAUGUCUUGCUUUUCCAUGCUCGAUCUCACCUACACUGUCAUGAAACUUAACUAGUUUAGAGAAAUGAUGUUACCAUACUAGCAUGGGGACUGCUGUU